AUGCUUCAAGAGUUUAUGCGACUAAAGAUAAACACAUUUUCUAUUAAAAUAAAAUUGUUUUUAAAUUUUAUUAUUUAUUAUUUUAACUUUUUAAAAAAUUUAUAUCCUUUUAUUUUAUUCAAUUUUUUAUAUUAUAAAAGAAUAAAUGUUGAAAUUAAUUAUAUUUUAGAGUUUAAAUCAAGUUUAUGUGAUUUUUGUAAAUUAGCUUUUUUUUAA